AUGUCUCCAGAGCCUGUGCCGGACCGUAGCGGCCGCCCAAAACGCAACAAGACAGAAUUGGCUUGCGAUACGUGUCGUAAGCGGAAGUCCAGGUGUGAUGGCCGCCGUCCGUCAUGCUCCCAUUGCGAGAACAUGGGACUCGAGUGUAUUUAUCGUCCUCCGUUAACCAGCCUGGAGACGGAUGCAUCCGUUCUGGCUCGUCUGUCACAAAUUGAGACGCGCCUGCAAGCCCUUGACCAGGGCCGUAUAGACCCGAGUCUCGCCAGCACUCCUGCUCAAGAAGUUGCCGUUAUCAAGACGUGGCCCAGAGUUCCAGAUUUCCACCACGCGGCCGCCCAUAAAAUGUUCAACUACUGGUCAAGACUCCGAAUCAACCUCGAUAUCCCCGGUCUACAGCCGCUUAAAUUUCUGGGCCAAGUAGAUGACAAUGACUCAGGCCUCUUUAGUGCUAAUUUCGAGAGCCCGGUCCCUGCAGAUAUACCCAUGUCUGUCGUGGUCAAGUGUAUCGAGUCCUUGUUCGCAAGUAUGGAGGAACUGCCUUUCGUCUUUCGGCACCUCUUCCUGUAUGGAGGACUGUCGAACGAUGUAUGUCUCGACGUCUUUCGGCGGCAUUUAGAGGCGUCUCCAGGUCAAGAUGUCAUCCUCUUCUUCAAGGCACAAACCAUCGAAGAGCUCCUUAUCCAGGCCGUGGCUCUCAAACAUAUGGCGACCGUUACGGGGGACACCAGGUUGCUGAGUGAGAAGGCAGAUCUCUCCUUCCGAUAUGCUCUUCAACAGAUGUGGGUGCUGCAAGCCCAGCAAAGCCCACGAACGCUGCCAUUCCGAUUCUUGUUUGUCAUCAUGCUGCUCUAUCUUUAUGGGAGACCAUACCAUGCUUUGCGCAUCCUGCAAAGUCUUGAACCCCUGGUUUAUGGUCCUCCGCCCAAACCUCAAGACGACCCUGCAGUCAAAUCUCAGUAUGAAGCCUGUUUACACCAGUACUUUAUCCUGGAAAGCGAUAUACUGAGCGAAGUGGAUGGGUUGCCCUUAGAGCGUCUCCAUAACCUCUUCGUUGCCACAUUGACCCAAGACGCAGCAGCCACUCCUCCUAACUUGUUCGGGAACGAACCGAUUGCAGCGUCGGUAGACAAUUAUCAGUCACAAGAACUCUUGGCUCACUUGCAGCUCAGAGCCUACAUGAACACUAUUCUAGAACAUAUGUACCAAAUCGAACGAGCCUAUUGCCGCCCCGAGGAUGUUGCAGGGGUCGUCACCCAUAUUGCUCGACGUUUGGAUCUAUGGUAUUGGACCCUUCCUCUGAACAUGAGAUUUCCUCGGCACCCAUCGUCUUUCUGUCUGGCAUCACACAACAUGUCGCACAUCAUGGAUGAAUUGAGGUUCCGAUACUAUGCGACCAUAUUCCUCGUCAAUCGCCCGGUAUUAUACCAUGUGCUAUACGCGAAGUAUGAAAACGCCGUCAACGGUUCAAACAUCGAUGGCCCGGUAGAAGACCCAAUCCAGGAUCCAUGGGUGUAUGAGUCUUGUCAUAAUUGCGUGCAGAAUGCCACCAUGAUUAUUCUUCUACACUCGAGAAGACAUCAAGCCCACCGCAACGAAUACUUCGAGAGUUGGUGCAACCUUCAGCAUCUAGUUGCAGCAUAUGCAAUCAUACUUCAGGUUCAGACAUCUGCGAUAUCGAUCCUCCUUCAAGGGUACGGAGAUCCAGAUCAGUUACUCGACCUUGCUGAAGUCGUUCUUGAACAUGGCUUGAACAGGCCUCCCAACAUACGCGAAUCGUUGGCCAUCCUCAGAAACGUCCGCCAAAACUUUCAGAGGACCACACCACGCACGCCGUCGGUUGGCAAUGGUUAUGCGACUUCACCUGUCUAUUCCGCCACGAGCCAUCAAAGCCAGCCCAGUCAUCAGAGCUAG